AUGAAGCUGUUUUGGUGCUGUAUAGCAGUGGCAUUACUAGCAUCAGUAGCGGAUGCUGCAAUAGAUGUGGAAAAAACAGUGAAGAGAGUACAAAGUAUACUUACAUCAAACGACCUUUUGCCUAAAUUAAGCAGAGAAGAAAUAAUACAACUAUUAAAUGAUAUAAAGGAAGAAGAUGAAAAAAUGAGCACAACGUUUAAAGUGCGACAGGCUUCUAGAGACCUCAAAACGACCACUCCUUAUAAAAUUCUUAAAAUUGAGGAUGAUAAUGAAAUUAAUCCCACUACUCAACCUUCGACAGCAAAAAGCCAAUUACAUUCUAAGGUUGAAAGUACUACCAAAUCAAGUGCACAAAUGUUAACGGUCGUUCUCCCCUACACCCCUCGAGAUGGAUCUUCCCUACUUGAAUUGUAUACUCGGCCACCUCGUGUUGAAGUUGUUCAAGAAAAAGUAACUCCUAAACCCAUUAAAACCUCAAAAUCUACCCAAAAUCUUAAAGAAACUUUGAAGAGCAACGCAAAAGUGGCUAGUCAACCUAAAUCAGACUUUCCGGCAGAGUUACAAGCGUUUUUAGAUGCUCAUGGAUUGAAAGGGAAUCCUGAAAAAGAUCACUUUUUACUGCCUUUAGAUGGAUUCAAGCCUUUACCCCCAGCAAAAACUGUGGACGGCAAUAUCCAGUUACCUGAAAAUAUUUUACUUACAUAUGAUUUAAUUUCCCCUUCAGACUUAAAGUCCUUGACGAGUAAUAAAAACUCUGAAAGUACCUUUCUUUAUGAACCUUUACGACCGGAAUUCCCAUUUGAACUUGAUGUAGCUGCAUCAGAGUCGAAAGAAACCGUUUUACCAUUAGAUUUGCCUGUUCGAAAAGCAAAAACAAGUUUAAAAUCCCUACCAAAUUAUGAUCCAAUAAACUAUGAAUCAGUUAAAGUAAUACCACUUAAUGCGGGUCCUAAUCCUUUAGAACAAGAAAAAUCUGUAUUGGAAAGUGACGCUUCUAAACGACAGGCUAAUGACACGCAAAUAGACGAAGCCAAAAAAACUUCAGAAGCAACGAGUGACAACAAAAGUGACGCAUCCGAUUCUGUUGGGUCAGACGCAGGAGCAUCAAUAUCUGAUUUAGAAGAUUCAUUUGGAGGCCCGGCUCCAGAGACACCUGGUGAUUCAGUACUGCCACCGCCAAAGAAAAAUGGCUUUUACUGGAUGCUAGACUGGAAUAGCUUUUUAGAAGUUGGUGACGGCGAUAGUAAAGUUAAUAUUCGUUUUGAACCUAAAUUAGGCGAUCCACAAAUGUUUUUACCGAUAAAUGUACCGUGA